AUGGGUGACAUGACCAACAGCGAUUUUUACUCCAAAAACCAAAGAAAUGAGUCGAGCCAUGGGGGCGAGUUCGGGUGCACAAUGGAGGAGCUCCGCUCCCUCAUGGAGCUACGGGGCACCGAGGCUGUGGUCAAGAUCAAGGAGACUUAUGGGGACACUGAAGCCAUCUGCCGGCGCCUCAAGACUUCACCUGUGGAAGGUUUGCCAGGCACCGCUCCAGAUCUGGAAAAGAGAAAGCAGAUUUUUGGGCAAAACUUUAUACCUCCAAAGAAGCCAAAAACCUUCCUGCAGCUAGUGUGGGAGGCACUGCAAGAUGUGACGCUGAUCAUCCUGGAAAUCGCGGCCAUCAUAUCCCUGGGGCUGUCCUUUUACCACCCGCCUGGAGAGAACAAUGAAGGAUGUGCGACGGCCCAGGGAGGGGCAGAGGAUGAAGGGGAGGCGGAGGCGGGCUGGAUCGAGGGGGCGGCCAUCCUCCUCUCUGUCAUCUGUGUGGUCCUGGUCACGGCCUUCAAUGACUGGAGCAAAGAGAAGCAGUUCCGGGGCCUGCAGAGCCGCAUUGAGCAGGAGCAGAAGUUCACCGUGGUUCGGGCUGGCCAGGUAGUCCAGAUCCCUGUGGCCGAGAUUGUGGUUGGGGACAUCGCCCAGGUCAAAUAUGGUGACCUCCUCCCUGCUGACGGCCUCUUCAUCCAGGGCAAUGACCUCAAAAUCGACGAAAGCUCCCUGACAGGAGAGUCUGACCAGGUGCGCAAGUCCGUGGACAAGGACCCCAUGCUGCUGUCAGGGACCCACGUGAUGGAGGGCUCUGGACGGAUGGUAGUGACCGCAGUGGGUGUGAAUUCUCAGACUGGCAUCAUCUUUACCCUGCUGGGGGCUGGUGGUGAGGAGGAAGAGAAGAAAGACAAGAAAGGUAAAAUGCAGGAUGGCAAUGUGGACGCCAGCCAGAGCAAAGCCAAACAGCAGGAUGGGGCAGCCGCCAUGGAGAUGCAGCCCCUCAAGAGUGCCGAGGGUGGCGAUGCCGACGACAAAAAAAAGGCCAACAUGCACAAGAAGGAGAAGUCUGUGCUGCAGGGAAAGCUCACCAAGCUGGCUGUGCAGAUAGGCAAGGCAGGACUGGUGAUGUCGGCCAUCACAGUGAUCAUCCUGGUGCUCUACUUCACCGUGGACACCUUCGUGGUCAACAAGAAGCCAUGGUUACCCGAGUGCACGCCCGUCUACGUGCAGUACUUUGUCAAGUUCUUCAUCAUCGGCGUGACGGUGCUGGUGGUGGCCGUGCCCGAGGGGCUCCCUCUGGCCGUCACCAUCUCACUGGCCUACUCUGUGAAGAAAAUGAUGAAAGACAACAACCUGGUACGCCACCUGGAUGCCUGCGAGACCAUGGGCAAUGCCACCGCCAUCUGCUCAGACAAGACAGGCACACUGACCACCAAUCGCAUGACAGUCGUGCAGGCCUACGUGGGCGAUGUCCACUACAAGGAGAUCCCCGACCCCAGCUCCAUCAACGCCAAGACCAUGGAGCUGCUCGUUAACGCCAUUGCCAUCAACAGCGCCUACACCACCAAGAUUCUGCCCCCGGAGAAGGAGGGUGCCCUGCCUCGGCAGGUGGGCAACAAGACAGAGUGCGGCCUGCUGGGCUUCGUGCUGGACCUGAAGCAGGAUUAUGAGCCCGUGCGCACCCAGAUGCCAGAGGAGAAGCUGUACAAGGUGUACACCUUCAACUCUGUGCGCAAGUCCAUGAGCACAGUCAUCAAGCUGCCGGACGAGAGCUUCCGCAUGUACAGCAAGGGUGCUUCUGAGAUCGUGCUCAAGAAGUGCUGCAAAAUCCUCAGUGGGGCAGGGGAGCCCCGGGUCUUCCGGCCCCGCGACCGGGAUGAGAUGGUGAAGAAGGUGAUCGAGCCCAUGGCCUGUGAUGGGCUCCGCACCAUCUGUGUGGCCUACCGCGACUUCCCCAGCAGCCCGGAACCUGACUGGGACAAUGAGAAUGACAUCCUCAACGACCUAACCUGUAUCUGUGUGGUGGGCAUCGAGGACCCCGUGCGGCCCGAGGUCCCAGAAGCCAUCCGCAAGUGCCAGCGAGCGGGCAUCACAGUCCGCAUGGUCACCGGUGACAAUAUCAACACGGCCCGGGCCAUCGCCAUCAAGUGUGGCAUCAUCCAUCCUGGGGAGGACUUUCUGUGCCUGGAGGGCAAGGAGUUUAACCGGAGGAUCCGCAACGAGAAGGGGGAGAUUGAACAAGAGCGAAUUGAUAAGAUCUGGCCAAAGCUACGGGUGCUGGCUCGCUCCUCCCCCACGGACAAGCAUACCCUCGUCAAAGGUAUCAUCGACAGCACACACACCGAGCAGCGGCAGGUGGUGGCCGUGACAGGGGAUGGCACCAACGACGGGCCUGCACUCAAGAAGGCUGAUGUGGGCUUCGCCAUGGGCAUCGCAGGCACGGAUGUGGCCAAGGAGGCCUCGGACAUCAUCCUGACGGAUGACAACUUCAGCAGCAUCGUCAAGGCAGUGAUGUGGGGCCGCAACGUCUAUGAUAGCAUCUCCAAAUUCCUGCAGUUCCAACUAACAGUCAACGUAGUGGCUGUGAUUGUGGCCUUCACAGGCGCCUGCAUCACGCAGGACUCCCCUCUGAAGGCCGUGCAGAUGCUCUGGGUAAACCUCAUCAUGGACACAUUCGCCUCGCUGGCCCUGGCCACUGAGCCGCCCACCGAGACCCUGCUUCUGAGGAAGCCAUACGGCCGUAACAAGCCCCUCAUCUCUCGGACCAUGAUGAAGAACAUCCUGGGCCAUGCCGUCUACCAGCUCACCCUCAUCUUCACCCUGCUUUUUGUUGGCGAGAAGAUGUUCCAGAUCGACAGUGGGAGGAACGCCCCCCUGCACUCGCCACCCUCGGAGCACUACACCAUCAUCUUCAACACCUUCGUCAUGAUGCAGCUCUUCAACGAGAUCAACGCCCGCAAGAUCCAUGGCGAGCGCAAUGUCUUUGAUGGCAUCUUCCGGAACCCGAUUUUCUGCACCAUCGUGCUGGGCACCUUUGCCAUCCAGAUAGUGAUCGUGCAGUUUGGGGGGAAGCCGUUCAGCUGCUCUCCGCUGCAGCUGGACCAGUGGAUGUGGUGCAUAUUCAUCGGGUUGGGAGAGCUCGUCUGGGGCCAGGUCAUCGCCACCAUCCCGACCAGCAGGCUCAAGUUCCUCAAGGAGGCAGGGAGGCUCACGCAGAAGGAGGAGAUCCCGGAGGAGGAGCUGAAUGAGGAUGUGGAGGAGAUAGACCACGCCGAGAGGGAGCUGCGGCGGGGCCAGAUCCUGUGGUUCCGAGGCCUGAAUCGGAUCCAGACCCAGAUUGAAGUAGUCAAUACUUUCAAGAGCGGGGCCUCCUUUCAGGGGGCCCUGCGGAGACAGUCCUCCGUCACCAGCCAGAGCCAGGACGUAGCCAAUCUCUCUAGCCCUAGUCGCAUUCGCGUCGUGAAGGCGUUCCGUAGCUCUCUCUAUGAAGGUCUAGAAAAGCCUGAGUCUCGAACCUCCAUCCAUAAUUUCAUGGCUCACCCCGAAUUCCGGAUCGAAGAUUCACAACCCCACAUCCCCCUCAUUGACGACACCGACCUGGAAGAAGAUGCCGCACUCAAGCAGAACUCGAGCCCGCCGUCAUCGCUCAACAAGAACAACAGCGCCAUCGACAGCGGGAUCAAUCUGACGACUGACACAAGCAAAUCAGCUACCUCUUCAAGUCCAGGGAGCCCCAUCCACAGCCUGGAGACGUCGCUUUAG